CGGACCCAGUCACCUCAGCCGGUAAAAUUCCAAUAUGGCGGACGAAGAAGCGUGACUUUUUAUCUUAUAUUUGUUGUAAAAAAAAACUGAGGUAAAUAUGAAGGAAGACGUCAAUGGAGAUGAAAUUCGGGAAGCUCUAUACAAAAACCUAAAAGCAUUAGACAGAAAAGAAGUAGCGCUUAACGACGGAGAAAGAACUAGAGUCGAGAAAAAGAAGAGGAAACAAACUGAUCCUACCAAUUUGCAAAAAGCAAAAAAGAAGAAAUCAAGUUGUGAAAAAAGCAAUCAGAAUAUUUCCAAGGCUUGUACUAAUUCUGGUGAUCCUAUCAGGAGACCACAUAGGCCCCCACCCAUAAUAAUUGAGUUCAAUGAGCCAGGAAAGUCAAACAAAAUCAGGGAAAGUCACAGAGACAGCAGACAGAGGCCAAGAGGAAUGACAGAAAACCAGUCAAGUGAUGAAGACCAGUCAGAUUUCUUAUCCAUGGCCAGAGAUGUUAAAGAAUUUGGAAUGACUGGGUUUAGUAAGAAAGAAAGAAGGAAAUAUGAGCAGCAGAAAGCCCAGUCACUUGGUGCUAAGGCUCCAAAAGGGCAAAAGCUUCCUUAUAAGAUAUUAAUGUCUGUCAAUAAAGUGAAGCUACAAAGAGAAAAGAAAAAAGAAACAAUGGACCGUGCAAUGGGCAUGGCAACAAAGAAGAAAGCGAACAAGAAAGACAAGACAAACACAUCAAACAAGGUCGGCGGAUGGUGGACUGAUAACUCCAGCAAAGGGUUUGACUUGGCACUUGGAAAAUACAAAGGGGGUGUUCAAAGACUUAGCAAAGAUGACAUCAAGAGGAUACGGGGCUCAAAAAGAUGAUAUUCAUCCUACCUGAUAUAAACUCAUAUGAAAUCAUAUGAUGAAAACAUCUCAGCAACCAUAAAGUUUUGUGUAAAAAAUCAGCGGAUUACAUAUCUUCGAGAAUAGAGCUAACCAACCUUUUGUUUACAAUCAACAAAUGUUGGGAGGCAAUGCUCGAGAUGUGGCCCUCCAUUCGCUAACUGCAUGGACUGAAAUACCCUGGGAUCCCCAGGAUUAUUAGGGAUUAGCGAAAACCUUGUUGCCAACAAGGUUGGUUAAACACAGUGUUUUUCUGUUUGCAUGCUGCUAUGGUGUGUUGGAUAACGAUGGAAGAUGGGCUGUUGGUUCACUGACAUCAUUCUGUUGUUUACGACUUUUACACACUUGACUUUCUUAUCCAGCUUAAUAUUGUUUUCCAAAUGUCAUUAAAAAAUAUUAAUUAUA